AUGAAACUUCAACAUGUUGUCAAACUUGCAUCAAGACCUAGAGCGGGAAUCAGGGUGAACGGACAACCGAUCAAACUCGUCGAUGAGUUCUGUUACCUGGGCUACACGCUGAAGAACAACGGGUACUACGAGAAAGAUAUUCAGCAAAGAUGCGCUAAGGCCACUUCUGCAUUUAACUCCUUUAACGAAAUGCCUGUGGUCGACCCCCAUCACCAACGAAGUCAAGCCGCAAGUCCGCCUAUCCGCAAUUCGCCCCAUCAUGAUGUACGAAUAGGAUACUUGUGGCCUAUAGUAUGCCACAAUGAAGAGCUUUACGCGGAAAUCGAUAUUUGA